AUGCAAUUAUUUAACCUUAGUGCUACAUUAAAUGCCUCAAGAUUAUUAUAUAACCCUGGAUUAUGCUUGCCGCAUCUCACAGUAAAGUCAUUUGAUCAAUUGAGUAUACCUUUCAAAAUUCCAGGUCAUGAUGAUGUUAAAAUAAAAGGUAUCGUUUUAGAUAAGGAUAAUUGUUUUGCCAAAGAUCACGAUGAUAAAGUUUGGCCCCAAUAUGAGCAAACUUGGCAAAAAUUAAAGGAUACAUACCCAGCUAAUCAAUUAUUGAUAGUGAGUAAUUCUGCAGGUACAAAUGAUGACAUAAAUCACGAACAAGCUCAAAUACUAGAACAAAAAACAGGAGUUACUGUAUUAAGACAUUCAAUCAAAAAGCCAGGAUGUUAUGAAGAAAUUUUGUCGUAUUUUAAAAAAUUAAAUAUAAAUUCAAAUGAAAUUUUAGUUAUUGGUGAUAGAUUAUUCACAGAUGUUUUAAUGGCCAAUACAAUGGGUAGUUGGAGUUGUUGGAUUAACGAAGGUGUUGAAUUAAGUAAUAAAAUUUUUCCAAAAUUGGAAAGACAAGUUUAUCAAAAUUUAGUAUCCAAUAGAGAAAACGAUCCUUGGAAACCUCCAAUUCCUUCAAUUCCUAUACAGAAAUAA